UCGAGCUGUUCGUUAGUCAUACUGUGAAUUUAUUUAUUUAUAUUUUUAAUACUGACUCUAAAUUUACUUUUUAUAAUUUAUCAGCUUGCUAAACUAUGCAUAAAGUACACACAAGAUAUCGUUAUUUUAUUCAGUUAAUCGUCUUUAUUUUGAUUAAUCAUGCAAAGAGUAUAGAUUACGGACUUUAUCGCAAUGACACAGUUCCAUCUUUAGACUUCGUGACAUCAAAGGUCCCUACGCUCGAAAUACUGCUCGAAGGUCAAUUAUCUUCUACAGUAAACACACCGCAACUAAUAACCGAACACCUACUACAAUAUGGCGGACUAGUGCGAUCUCAAUUGCUCGCAAAACUCGGCUCCCAACUCUACAACAGCAAUGAGGAUCUCACCAUAACCGAACUUACAGCUCUCAAUGACAUCUACCAGCAAACACUUGAGAGAAAAUACAAUUUGCUCUCAAUUUUACCAACCUCGAAUUCAACUCUCCAAGAAAUCUGCGCUAACCUAAAAGACCCAUCAUUAAUUCCGAGCGCUAAAAUUUGCCAAAAAAUAACAAAAAAUAUUAAUUUAACUUUACCCUCGUUAUCAGUAGAAAAAAUUCCACCAAAUUUAUCUCUCGACGCCAUUUUUACGCAGCUCAAAAAUAAUAAAUUAGAAUUAACAAAUAAUUUAUUCAUCGGCCUGUUACUUCACAUUCCGUUUAAUAAUUACGAUGCAAAAACUCAUAAUUCACUUCGUCACUUAAUUUAUUCUCUUAUUAAUUCGAAUUUAAAUAUCAGUAAUAAUAAUAAUAGUACAAAUUAUUCAUCAAUUACCGAAUUAAUUCGUAGUAAUUUAAAUGAAAUAAAAUCUCACGAAUUAAGUCCAUUUGCAAAAUAUUUAUCCGAGCAAUUGAAUACCGAAUUGUUACCAAUUAAUUCAAAUAUCGAGUCAUUGAGCGCCAUAUUCGAUAACGAUAAAAUAAAUUUGAAAUAUUUAUUAGAGACCAUUUUACCCAACGAUAUGUUGGACAAAGAUUUGAUUGAAGCGAAAAUUUAUUUACGUCAUAAAUUGGGUGGUGUCAAAAAUUGGGACAUUAAUCAAUUAAUCGGAUCCGAAAAAUACGAAUAUUUGAGACCAGACGAUUUGUUAAUCGCGUUGUUUGACAAAUUAAUUGACAUUGAUUAUUUACGUGAUAUUGCGAGCGCUUUGAAAAUUGACGCUUACUUUUGGCACAAAAGUCACAUGAUUGAAAAUUUAAACGAUUUGUUGGAUUUAUUUGAUUCUUAUAACAAUUUACGGGGAAUUAGUGACUAUAGAGAAUUAACUCGAACAAUUGGAAGAAUAAAACACUAUUUGGUUAACAGUAGAAAUGUAACGAUUGAGUUAAUGUGCACGAGACCUAGGGCCUGUUUGAAAGAGGGCUUAAAAAUGGUUAGAGAGUGCAAAGGCAUUAAUGAAGAAACGAAGGUAUUGAUUAAUACAUUUUUUGAACAAUCAAAAGAUUGCUCAGAUUGUUUGAGAGCUGAUUGUAAAAUUAAUGCUGAGGUUACUGAAUCACAAAUUGGCGUUGAGCUCGAAAUGACGACUACUGAAAAGAGUCGGGUCACUGUUAGAGAUUGUGAAAAUAGCGAAGAUUGUGAAGACAGUGAUGUAAAAUCGACGUUAGGUUUCAAUUAUGGAAAAUUGAAAAAAAUAAAGAAAAUAAAAAUAAAAGAACAUGAGGAAAGGGAGAAAAUUGAAGUUACUACGGAAAGUACUCAAACAACGAAAAGCUUUAGAGCUUUUGAAGAAGACAAGUCGGAAACACCUAUGUUGGAGAUUCUGGAAAAGUCUAAAAUGGACGUAACGGAAAAUCCAAUGAAAAUAACGGAAAAACCGAUUACUUUGCCGAAAAUUGAAUCAAUAAAGUUGGAUGCACCUUGCACUACACCAGAUUGUAUGGAAAAACCUGCUUGUACUACACCAGACUGCAUGGAAAAGCCGGCAUGUACCACCCCAGAUUGCAUGGAAAAACCAGCAUGUACUACUCCAGAUUGCAUGGAAAAACCGGCCUGUACCACUCCAGACUGUAUGGAAAAACCAGCAUGUACCACUCCAGAUUGUAUGGAAAAACCGGCCUGUACGACACCAGACUGCAUGGAAAAACCGGCUUGCACAACUCCAGAUUGUAUGGAAAAACCAGCAUGCACAACACCUGACUGCAUGGAAAAACCGGCUUGCACAACUCCAGAUUGCAUGGAACCACCGGCAUGUACUACCCCAGAUUGUAUGGCAAAACCGGCCUGUACGACACCAGACUGCAUGGAAAAACCAGCAUGUACCACCCCAGAUUGCAUGGAACCACCGGCCUGUACCACUCCAGAUUGUAUGGAAAAACCAGCAUGUACAACCCCAGAUUGUAUGGAAAAACCGGCAUGUACAACUCCAGACUGCAUGGAAAAAUCGGCCUGUACCACUCCAGACUGUAUGGAAAAACCAGCAUGUACCACUCCAGAUUGUAUGGAAAAACCAGCUUGUACGACACCAGACUGCAUGGAAAAACCGGCUUGCACAACUCCAGAUUGUAUGGAAAAACCGGCCUGUACCACUCCAGACUGUAUGGAAAAACCAGCAUGUACAACCCCAGAUUGCAUGGAAAAACCAGCUUGCACGACACCUGACUGCAUGGAAAAACCAGAAUGUACAACCCCAGAUUGCAUGGAAAAACCGGCUUGCACAACUCCAGAUUGUAUGGAAAAACCGGCCUGUACCACUCCAGAUUGUAUGGAAAAACCAGCAUGUACCACCCCAGAUUGCAUGGAAAAACCAGCAUGUACAACCCCAGAUUGCAUGGAACCACCGGCAUGUACCACCCCAGAUUGCAUGGAAAAACCAGCAUGUACAACCCCAGAUUGCAUGGAAAAACCAGCUUGCACAACACCAGAUUGUAUGGAAAAACCAGCAUGUACAACCCCAGAUUGCAUGGAACCACCGGCAUGUACCACCCCAGAUUGCAUGGAAAAACCAGCAUGUACAACCCCAGAUUGCAUGGAAAAACCAGCAUGCACAACCCCAGAUUGCAUGGAAAAACCAGCUUGCACAACACCAGAUUGUAUGGAAAAACCAGCCUGCACGACACCUGACUGCAUGGAAAAACCAGAAUGUACCACUCCAGAUUGCAUGGAACCACCGGCCUGUACCACUCCAGAUUGUAUGGAAAAACCAGCUUGUACGACACCAGAUUGCAUGGAAAAACCGGCUUGCACGACACCAGAUUGUAUGGGAAAGCUAACUUGUACUACUCCGGAUUGCAUGGAAAAACCGAUCGUUGAAAAACCGAAAACAAAGAUAAUCUGCCAUCAUCGUGACCCAUACCAUCGUAAAAAAAUUCGAAAAUUAAAUAAAAUUCGUAAUUUAUCAAAAGUGAAACUAAUUCCCAAUUCUGAGCCGAGUAAGAAAGAAAAUGUUACGCCUAAUAAUAAUAAUAACAAUAAUAAUGUGAAUAUUGUUAAUAGCGGAUACUCAGUAGCGAUGGAGGAAAAAAAUAAGGUUAAAAUAAACGAGACAGUGAACAAAUUAAAAUUGAAUCCGAUUCUAGAAAAAAUUGUUAAGAAAAAAUCUGACCUUAUUCACAAGGCGAGUUCGCAUCUCUUGGGCGGGAAGUUCGGAUCAAGGCGCGAAAAUUCGGCGAGAAAUUUAAAUUCGAAUGUUAAUGUCAAUGCGAAUUUAAAUAAAAAUUCGGAACAAUUAAAAACUCGAAUUUUUGAUUCCGACGAAUCGAUGAGCGAAAAUUCCGACAGUUCAGACAGUAGUUCGAAUUCCAAUUCAAAUUUAGAUGAAAAUGAACGCGAACAUUCAAAUUAUUACAAAAAUUUGAAAAAGAAAAAAUCUAAAAAAUAUUCAAAAAAAUACAAAAAAUCAAAUAAUAUGAGGAAGAAAAGUCAUAAAAAAAUGAGUUAUUAUAAUGAGGAAAUAAAAGAAGAAAAAAAAAAUUACAAAAAUCGUGAAAGGCUUGAAUCGAUUAAGAAAAAUAAAUCGAAAAAAUCGAGAAAUCAUGAAGAAAAAAAAUCAAGAACCAAAAAUGAAAAUAUAAAUAUUAAUGAUAAUAAAUUAAGUGAAAAUUCGACGCGGACCAAUGGCACUUUGGCCAAUCGAAUGCUGGAUGUUGACAUGACAAAAUUUUUUAAUUUUGAGGUUAAGAGGGACGAAAACGUUAACGUGAAGUCACGUCGAGAUAAACGAGACGUUAAUGUCCGAAUAAAUGAAAAAAACUCCGACGACGAGAACGAAAACACGAAUUUGGUCCGUCGAGCCAGCGGAAAAAGUGGAAUUUCGGGUAAUAAUGAGUCAGAUUUGAACAAAAAAAAUUCAACUGACUCUGGGAGACGUUAUAUGGAUCUGAGCAUGCCAAAAUUUUUUAAUUUUGAAAUAAAAAGAGAUGAAACCGUGACGAAAACUAGAAAAACUAAAAGAUCGAUGCCUAAAUUUAUUAAAAAUUUUACCGAUUACGACCAAGUGAAUAACAGAAUGUUUGAUAUUACGGCUCCUAAAUUUUUUAAUAUUGAGUUCAAGCGAGAUGAGACAAUCACUGAAGAAUAAUCUUAUUAACAAUAAUAAUGAUAAUUUUUUUUUUAAUUAUUUCAAAAUUUAUUUUUAGUAGCCAUGAUAACUCGGGUUCUAAUUAAUGAAAUUUUUGGACUUAACAAUAUUCUCUUUGUCUAAAAUUUAUAUGAGGCCACUAUCUAAUUCUCUGGGAAAUUCAAAUUUCGCAAAAUGGCGGAAAAAUUCAAAUUUCGAAAAAUGGCGGGAAAAUUCAAAUCUCUAAAAAUGGCGGGAAAUUUCGAAUUUCAAAAAGUGGCGGGAAAAAAUUUUUCAGGCGGAAAAUUUUGUAUAAAUAGAGUCAAAUAAAUAGAAGGGGAGGGGAUAUAAAACUGAAGUUCGGAAAAUUUGGUGGAAAAUUUAAGAAAAUUGUUUGUAAAAAUUAGAUUUUAAAUGUAAAGAAAAGGUUUUUUUAAAGAUCAAUAAAAAAAAUUAAUUUAG